AUGACAGGAAAUGUGAUGCUACUUGCAGCUGACACCAAGAUAUGGGGCACCGCUUCUUGUAGCUUGUAUAAUGCUUUGGGAGUUCGUAUACUCUACUUAGAAGCUACUAUACACAAACAACCAUUUGAAGCCAAGAGGGUAGUCAGGGCUCUUGGAGCGGACUUGAAAAGAUCAGCACAGGUUGACUGUCGAUGA